AAGAGUUAGGAAGAGAUGAGGAAGGACGACUGUGGCGUGUGUGGGAAGGUAGUGAGUGACAAUGGAUUGUUCUGCGAAAGGUGUGAGGAGUGGUCCCACCUGACCUGCCUGAACAUCAGGACCGCCUCACGGAUCCUGGACCAUACCCUGAUCGUGUUCCUGUGCAGGGUGUGCCUCGACACGAGCAGGAAGGAAUGGAGAAGGACGAAAGAGGACAAGGAGGUGCAGACGGUAGCCAACGCGCUGGAGAAGGCUGCCCAGACAACAGCCGCCCCAGCGAGUGACCCUGCCGUCCCCAAGAUCACCGUGGAGUCCAGGGAUGUGGAGGUGCAGGUCGAGGAUGUUGGGGGAGGUAGGGAUGGGUGUGGAAAGUGUGCGAAGCAGAAGGACAGGCCGCAGGUGAGGAAGGCGAUUAAGAGUAUGCCCCCCAUUCGUGUCGUUGGGGACAGAAUGAUGAAGAAUGUCAAGAGCCAGUUGGGGUAAGGCCGAGGGGAGUGGUGUGGAGAGCUUGAGUGGCGCCAGGAUUGGAGAAGUGAGGAGGAAGGUUGAGGAGAAGGCAGGAGAGCUUAAGGAUGGCCUCUUGAUCAUUCAGGGUGGGGGGAAUUAUUUAAAAAAUGUUGGAACGGAGGACACGGUAAGAGAGGUGGUAGAGUCAGUAAAGGCAGUGGAGGGUAAGAAUAUGAGUGUGGCAGUGGUUGGGGUUAUGAGGCGCCCUAGAGAAGGGGAGAGGUAUGAGAGAGUGAGGCAGAGGACGAACGUUAAACUUCAAGAGGCACUGCUACAGUUGAAGGUGGAGUGGCUUAGGGGUAGGAAAGGGAAUGUCAGCUUCGUAGAUCUGGAUGGUGUGCUACGGGAAGGGCUGGACUUCAACGUAGAUGGGGUCCACCUGAACUAGUCAGGACUCGAGAGGAUGGGCAGGAGGCUGAGGGAGUGUGUGGAUGCUUGAGGCGCUAGAGAGCAAGGAAAAGAAACCACCAACCAGGCAGUGAAGUGU